AUGUCCACUGCGGUUGUCCCUCCUACUGCUGCACUGCUAGGCCCAAUGGUCGACCGCGACUCGAGUCCCAAGUCCUAUCCCUCCCUUGCGCCGUUGUCGGCCGCCCCUUCAUCCACGCCAACCCCAACUCGGGUACCGUCCGGCUCAAAUGAGGUACCCACCGAAAAGAACACCCCCGAGGGGAAACGGUCGCCGAAUACAUCGCGGAGUGGAGGACCAGCGCCCAAGAUCGCAAUAAAAAAGGAACCCCCGACGUCUCCAAGUCUACAACCAGGUACACGACAUCGCCCUCGCAAACUAGAUCUGUCUACAUCUACACCAGGGAACAACCUCUCCACCCGAGGACCGCUGACCGCUAGAGAUGGAAGGGCCAUGCAGGAUGUGGGAUUGGCCUGUUUAUCUCCGGGCUUUCAGACCCAGGAUCCUGCUAUGAGAGAACAGCUGCAGCGAAGUAUGAACGUGAGAGAUCAACAGAGAUCUAUAAUCGAGGCCCGACUGCAACAAUCGGCCAAAGGAGAUGGACAAGAGAGCGCGAAGCAACCUGAGCCAUCCCCGUUCGGGUCGCAAAGAUCCUCGAAGAAACGGCCUCCACCGGGACUCUCGAUCGUACCCCCUUCCGCCUCCCAGUUCGCCAACGAACGAGUGAUACAGUCUGCACCUCUGAACCAGACGUUUACCGGCCGCCGUCAACCCCAGCCAUUGACUCGCCAUUUUACGAAUCAGGACUUCUCCGGGUCGCCUCAGAUUCACCAUACCCCAGCAAAUCAAACUAGUAACCGCCUCCCUCCGAUUGCCGAUGUUUUCGGCGCGGACACGCUACCAUUACGGGACCGAGAUAGCAACGGUCGAGGUGCCUUCGGCCAGCCGACACCUUCGCAAUUGGCACUUGGCCCUCUGCCAUCGCCCGGUCUCCCUGGCGGCGGCCAACCCUCAGGACGGCCAAGAGAGUACCGUUCCGCAGAAGAAGCGGUUCACGAACUUGCCGGUGGCCGAGAGGAGCUACUCCCCCGCAUCGUUCACUACAACGGCAACAAAGCCACCAGCCCGCGCUCCCCACCAAACCUCCACAGCAGCAAUAGCGGGAACAGCACUGGCGGUCCCCCCAACGGCGUCCAGCAUCCGAACAGCAUCCCGUCCCAGCCACACUCCAUGUCCAACCCCACCGGGGCCGGGCGUCGCCGCACCAGGCACGAAUACGAGCAGGAUAACGGCAGUCCGCCCCUCGGGACCGGCCCAGACAUGCGAUUCCGCACGGGUCCCGGGCCCAGCGCCUACGGACCGUUCGGCGCAGGCAGAGAUUCUCCGGAAACGCAACGGAGGAAAAAAGAAGAGUUUUUGAGCCUGUGCGCGCGAGCUUGGGACUUGUUCCACUCAUGAGAGCCGAAAAAAAGAAAAGGAAAGGAUAUUUAUUUGAGCAACAAGCGCGAAUUAUAUAUACACAUAUACGAGCGGUUAUCUUGGGCCACCCUUUGUUGUCUUUUUUUUUUUUUCUUCGGAAGAACUGAAUUAUGUGCGAUGCGAUCAUGGUUUGGUUGGGAGGGAAUUAUUUUUUGUCUCGACGUUUUUUGGCAAGUCGGGAUUGUCGAUGAUGAUCUUGCCGCAUAAAUCCAAAAAAGCCGCCGAUUUCCUUUUUUUUUUUUUUAAUUUUAUUAUUAUAUAUAUCGCUCCCUCCUUGCUCCCUCUAUAUUCCGAUAUGUCUGGAUUACUGGGGAACCUCCCCUCUCCUUUGUCGCCUUUUAUUUUUCUCUAUGCUGUUUUUUUCCUUUUCUUUUUCCGCGUUUCAGAGAUCUGGAUUACUCCUGGGUAUUGUUUGCAGUUCAUUACCCGCACGGUCUGGACACUGUGAAUAGGAUGAAGGAGUUAAUGUGCAUUUUGACAGUGUCCCUCUUCGAUUGCUUCAUUUAUCCUUUGUCUCUCUUUUUUCUUUUGAUUGCCCUUUUUUUUUUUCCCUCUUUUUUGCGCUCUUGCUGGAUACCUUUGCACGCUUUUUUUCCUCAUGGCGGGUUUGGGUCGAGUUAAUCUGCUCGAAUUAUUUUUUAUUUUUAUUUUUUUGGCUCUGUCUUUUAGGGCCUUUUUAUAUUAACUUCUAUUCUUCAUUCUGCACUAUUUCCUGUAUCCUCCCCCCUUUGUUUUUCGACGUAUUUUUCUAUGUGUCCUCAAGUUACGCUGUGAUGAAGUGGAAAGGGGGACAACAGGAGUAUUUUCCUGCCUGCUACGACGAAGGAAUCAAUUUUCUUUUUCCU